AUGGCCACCCCCACCCCCACCACCCCCACGGACCCCACCCACCUCACCACCUGGCUGGAGACGAUCCCCUUUUCAAAAUCAUGGAAAAACGUCCCUCGGGAUUUCUCAGACGGAGUCCUCCUGGCCGAACUAAUCUCGCACUUUUUCCCCAAAUUAAUCGAGCUCCACAACUACACCCCCGCUUUCGGAGCCAAUUUGAAGCGGAACAAUUGGGAGUUGCUCAACCGGAAAGUCCUCCCAAAAUUGGGCAUCAAACUCCUGAGCGAGACGAUCGACGGGGUUUGCCAAGCCAAAAGUGGACUCAUCGAAACGGUAAUCGUUGGGGAACGCGUAUUUUUUUAUUUCCUUGCAAAAAAACCAGAGUCCAGCGAUGAAGAACCCAUUUUACAAUCCGAAACCUGCCUCGUCCACAUUUUGCCCUCCGCCGCCGUUCCAGAAUUCGUCAUUUACAAGGGGGUCAAAUUCAUCCCACAGGAUUUGCUGGUGGAAAAGGAGAAAUCCAAUGCGGAGAUGAGGGGGAGGGUCAGGGAGUUGGCUCAGAAGGUCCAACGGCUGGAAACGCUGAUAAACCUGAAGGAGACGCAUUUGGGGGACCUCACCCGACAAAUCCAUCAGAUUCGAAUGCAGAAUUCUGCGGAUGGGUUUUCUACAACGGAAGAUUCCUGUAAUAAAGGAGGUGGCGAUUUACAUCAGUUUUUAGGAUCAUUUUAA